UAUCGUUCGCUGUGAAUGGCUAAAUUAUAAUACUUAGUGGCAUUUUUUGACAGCCGGCGAGCUAACACAAAGAUAAACUUAAGUCUGAUUCAAAGAUUGAACAACAGCCAGACAUGGAGCCAUCACUGGAUAAUUUCAAGCUGAGCUGUGAACUGCUGGGGCACAGCAUGGACGUGCGUGCGGUAGCAGCUGGAGGAGUGUCUCCCGAAGGAGGUCAGCUCAUUCUCUCUGGAUCCCGGGACAAAAGCACCAAGUUGUGGCGUCCCAGUGGGAACGAGUACAUCGAGAGUGUGACCCUGCAGGAUCACAAGAACUUCAUAUCUUACAUCUACUAUCUGGAGUCUGAGAAGUGGAUAUGCACCGCCAGCAAUGAUUCGACCAUCUGUAUUUAUAAACAAGACGGUUUUGUUCCUCUGAUCACCCUGAAGGGUCAUGGGUCGACGGUGUGCGCCCUUGCUGGAGGAUUAAAGCCCCGCAGCCUUGUCAGUGGCAGCUGGGACAAGACCGCCCGUGUGUGGUCCAUCAGUGAGACGGGCGAUGUUAGGUUCAUAGCCCUGGAGGGGCAUGAGGCGGCGGUCUGGGCUGUCGCCACACUGCAAGAGCAGCAAAAAUACGUUACUGGGGGAGCGGACAAAUGCAUCUACUACUGGAACGAGAAGGGCGAAAAGUUGCGACUGCUCAAGGGCCACACGGACUGUGUUCGUGGCCUGAUCGCCCUGGAGGCAAAUACCUUACUCUCGUGCGGCAAUGACGCCAUUCUACGCUUUUGGAACGAGGACGGCGAGUGCGUCCGGGAGUUGAGCGGGCAUUCCAACUACAUCUAUUCGAUGGCCAGGAACAAAGCUCUGGGCGACCAGGUUGUGGUCUCCUGCGGCGAAGACAGCACCCUGCGUAUGUGGAAUGUGAUUACAGGCGACCAGCUGGGUGCUCCUAUUCUGCAUCCGGCCAUUUCAGUGUGGUCCGUGACGUGUUUGCAAAACGGAGACAUAGUCACCGGAAGCAGCGACGGUGUAGUUCGUGUCUUCAGUCAGGAACCGGCGCGACAAGCCAGCGAAGGGAUUAGAAACGCCUUCGACCUGGCAGUGUCCACAAGAAAAUCGCAGAUGAACGAGGAGAUUGGGGGUGUGAAGAAAGAUGAACUGCCCGGCCCCGAAGCACUGUUGUCCAAUGGAACUCGCGAGGGCCAAACAAAGAUGGUGCGCCAUCCUGACGGCUCGGUUAAGUGCUACUCAUGGGAGAUGGGCAAUUGGAACUUGGUCGGUGAUGUCAUGGGAGGCACUGGGGGAACACAAGCCAGCUCCGGCAAGAAGAUGCACGAGGGUAAGGAGUACGAUUUUGUGUUCAACGUAGACAUCUCGGAUACGGAACCACCCAUUAAACUGCCCUACAAUCGUGGCGAGGAUCCCUGGCAGGCAGCUCAGUCCUUCAUUCACCGGAACAACCUGCCGCAGGCUUACCUGGACCAAGUCGCCAACUUCAUAGUAAAGAACUCGGAGAGUGCACCCGUGCUGAACCAGGCCCCCACCGGCUAUCAGGAUCCGUUCACGGGCGGCAACCGCUACGUCCCCGGAACGAGUAACACUAACGUGCGCAGCGGUGGCAAUGUGGAUCCAUUUACAGGAGCCUCGAGCUACUCAACCGGAAACAGCGCCAACCAGUCCCGUGUGGAUGUGAAUUUCGUAAAGUCCGGAGACAAGCACUUCCCAAUUAGUAGCUACCGCACUUUUGAUACUUGUGACGCCAGCAAGGUGCUGGAAAAGUUAAAAGAGUUCAACAACAAGAUAUCCACCAGCGAUGGAAAAGUGGGAGAAGAGCUGCUUCUGGCUGUAAUCAAAUUCACAGAGCCCACACCAGAGCUGGACCUGACCUCGCUGGAAGCUCUGAUCGUUCUGUUAAAGUGGCCUGCGGGCAUGCUCUUCCCCGUCCUAGACAUUCUACGUCUGGCCGUGAGAAACGAGGCAAUUUUUAGUGUUCUGAACAACACCCACAACUUUCUUAGCAUUGUGAUUCCCCACCUGGCCGGAUCAGCAGCCAACCAAUUAAUGGUGAUCCGUUGUUUGGCCAAUAGUUUGGGCCACACCACCGGACGGCUGCAUAUCGAAAAGCAGCUGCCGGAGAUAAUUGAUUUGGUGGCCGGGAUUAAGGCGGGAAGUGCCAAUCUGCAGAUCGCCGUCGCUACAUUCUAUCUCAACGUCACCAUUUCACAGAUCCUCGGCGUGGCAAAGGGGGAAGUGUGUCAUGUUGUUACCUCGGGUGUUGUGGAGCUUCUUAAAUGGGCCAAGGAUCUGGAGGCCUGCUACCGCUCCAUGCAGGCCAUCGGAAACUUGACCACCACUCCCUGCGGCCAAGAGACUAUCGCCCAGGUGAUUUCCGUUGACUAUGUGAUGGAUAAGCUGCGGGAGCUGACCAACACUCCGCAGGGUGAAAACUUUAGUAAGGUUAACUCAGUCGGCCAGGCCCUUUUGGCCGCCUUUUAGGAUGCACUGUUUGUAUCACGGUUUUUAUGAUCUGUCUAAAUUAUACAUAUAUUGGAGAAUGCUUUUUUAAAAUAAACUUUCAAGUCUAAUCUAUAUGAGCCUUAGAA